GUCUGGAGAUCGAUCAUGGAGAUGCAGGAGGUAGAGGAGACGCCGCUGGUGUCGCUGAACCAUGUCUCCUUCGUGUGCCGGUCGGUGACACGGUCUGUCAAGUUCUACGAGGAGGUGCUCGGCUUCGCCAGCAUCAAGAGGCCUUCAUCUUUCAACUUCCAUGGCGCUUGGUUGUUCAACUAUGGCAUUGGCAUACACUUGCUGCAAUGCAACUCCGAGGAGGGAAUGCCGAAGAAGAAGGCAGUCAUCAACCCCAAGGAGGACCACAUCUCCUUCCAGUGCUCCAACAUGCAGGCCUUGAAGCGGAAGCUGGAAAGGACGGGAGUGGAGUACGUGACGGCGGUGGUGGAGGAAGGCAGCGUCCAGGUGAGGCAGCUCUUCUUCCACGACCCCGACGGGCACAUGAUCGAGAUCUGCAACUGCGAGGACCUCCCGGUGCUCCCCCUCUCGUCGUGCCCGGUCAAGCUCAAGCUCCCUUCGCCGAUGCCGCCGCCGCCGGCAGCAGAUCCUUCUUCCCUAAUUUCUUCGACCAUCUCAUUCAACGCAGACGAGGAGUCUCCCAACGCCCGGUGUGCUGUGAAGGCUGAGGCCGUGAUCCUUGAGAACUUGUUUGCAGACACGAUGCCCAUCUCUUUCUGAGGAUAGCUGAUUCAGUGUGCUUACUGUUAAGGAUAUAUAUAUAUACAUAUAUAUAUAUAUAUAUAUAUAUAUAUAUAUAUAUACAUUAUAUUGAAUAUUAUAAAGGGUGUCAUAUCUCUUCGCUGA